GUUAGCCGAUGGUAGCAUCAGUUGGUCUCCUGUGGUGGCCAGUGCAAGGAUUACCUCUACCAUGAGAUUGUUUGUGCUCGUUUCUGCCGUUACGGCUUUGGCAUCUGCCCGCCCCGAGGCAGGGUACUCUUACAACGCACCCUCCACACCGUCCGGCAGCUACGGUGUACCAUCCACAGGAGGCGGUGGUAGCUUCGGGGGCGGCGGCUCCAGCUACUUGGGAGGAGGAGGAGGUGGCGGAGGCUUUGGAGGUGGCUUCGGAGGUGGAUUCGGCGGCGGCAGCGGCGGUGGAUUCGGUGGUGGAUUUGGAGGCGGCAGUGGUGGUGGAUUCGGUGGCGGAUUCGGCGUGAGCGGCGGAGGCGGCGGCGGCGGCGGUGGAAGCUUCGGCCUCUCUAGCUAUGCCCCUCAGGCUCCCUUGAUCCAGAAGCACAUCUACGUGCACGUUCCUCCCCCAGAACAGGAGUUCAUCUCCCAAAGGCCAAUUGCCCCUCCCCCACCACCCCAGAAGCAUUACAAAAUCAUCUUCAUCAAGGCACCCACGCCACCCACACCUACCGCACCAGUCAUCCCCGCUCUGUCUCAGGAUUCUGAGAAGACUCUGAUCUACGUGUUGGUCAAGAGGCCAGAGGAAGCACCAGAGAUCACCAUCCCCACUGCUGCUCCUACAGCGCCAUCCAAGCCCGAGGUUUACUUCAUCAGGUACAAGACACAGAAGGAGACGACAGCUGUCGGUGGAGGUGCCGGUGGUGGUGUUGGUGGAGGAAUCGGCGGUGGAGUCGGCGGUGGAAUCGGCGGAGGCAUCGGUGGAGGGAUCGGAGACGGAAUCGGAGGAGGAAUCGGCGGAGGAAUCGGAGGAGGAAUCGGCGGAGGAAUCGGCGGAGGAAUCGGAGGAGGACACGGAGGUGGAAUCGGAGGAGGAAUCGGCGGAGGACACGGUGGAAGCACAGGACCAUCAGGCCCCUCAUCGAACUACGGCCCCCCCGGCGCUAGCGGACCCUACUAGAGCCCACAAUGACUGAGCUGCCUGUGGCGCCCCCCAGCACUCUUGGACGAUGACGAGCCCUGGGGGGCGUCACUGAUUGGCCCCCCACAUGUACAGGUUAUAUCAAUUAACUUGGUGCAUUUGUAUAUUAUUGUAUCAUAACAAAGGUGUGUGUUUUACCUUGCAACAAAAAACACGGUGGCAAAUAAAUGUAUUUUUAUAAAAAAAAAUUAA